AAGAUAAAUAAUGUACUAGAAAAUUUUACCUGAAUAUCACGCAAGAUUAAAACUAAAUAAAAUUUAUUUCACAGAAUUGAUUUAAAGGAAUGAUUUCUCAGCAAAUUGAAGGGUCUGCCCUGCCAUUACUAUUUUGCAAGGUCUGGUUCAACGCCAGCGCUGAGCUAUACAAGGUUGAACAAAUAGAUUUGCUUUGGUAUAAGGAAUGGGGCUGGAAUAAUCCAGGAAGACUUCAUCCACAUUUGCUGAUAUGCCCGCUUCCCGCAUUUUCUGAUGACAGAAAGCCAACAGCUGUUUCCCUCGUGCAGUCCCCUGAUGAUAUUGUAACGAACUAUUUGCCCCUUCACCUCUUCACCUUGGAUAGUAGACCAGGAAGAGAAGAUAGCUCUAUAGCUGUUUGUGUGAAACCACUCAGUUUUCCCGACACGGAUAUAUCAUUUCUGUUAGCGGAGUGGAUACAACUUCAGUUUGCUCUUGGUGCAGACAGAAUUGUUAUUUACAAAUUUUCUGUAAAUCCUGCGACGGAAAAUAUUUUAGAGGAAUUCACUAACAAAUAUCAAAAUAGAUUUCAGGUGGUACCGACCUCCCUACCUGGAAACCUACCGAACCUACCUCGCAGCAGGAAUAACUGGUUGAAAGCAAAUAUAAAUAAGAAAAGACAAAACGAAAUUUUAAUGCUGAAUGAUUGCUUCCUGAGGAACAUUAACACAGCAAGAUAUGUGACAUUGGUUGACAUUGAUGAAGUUAUUGUUCCAAAACAAGGAAGCUGGCUGGACUUACUACAGACUCUGGAGAUUCUAAAUGCUUUGGAUUCUCCGGAUGCUUUCUGCUUUCAACAUUUUUACUUUUUCAAACCAAAAAAUAUUUCAAGUCCCUUUUUUACUGUGUACAACAGGAGUGAUCUUUCAACGCCAGGAGAGUUCAGUAAAUGUUUUCAUAAAGUUGAAAAAGUAGAAACAGUUCAUAAUCAUCUGCCAUUCACAUGCCUCACACAUCCAGACAAGAAGGACUGCUUUGUUGACUUCACAGAUCCAGUAUUAGCCAAGUUGCAUCAUUAUAGGGCAUUUGCCAUUUUAUGUUGCGCGCGCAUGCCCCGUAAAAUUCCAAAACAAAGAGAGGGGAAUUGA